AUGAAAAACAAGGAUAAGCUCAGUAAGCCGACGUCAGCUGGUCGUGUGGCCGGCAAAGGCUUGUCCAAAAAAUGGUCGUUAUACUAUACCGCUGGUGGGCGGAAGGAGAAAAAGACCAGCUCAGAAAGCCAGGCACGCGAGGUUGAAGCACUCAAGGCACAAGUGGCGCAGAUUCCGGAGCUUGUCCAAGAGCAAGUGGAACAACAACUGGGAACGAAGCUCAACGCCAUGGUGCCUACGUUGGUUCAUGGGUUGACGACGUGGAUUGCGGGCGGCCAACAGGGGCCUCCCCCAGUUCCCAGCUUCACGGCCAGCAACUCGCACAGCGCGCAGGCGGCGCCAUUGGUGUCUCCGGCAGAUCCGGACGACGACGACAACGACGACGGUACAUUUACCAAAGUCGAUAAGUACUUUGCCGAACAUGGGUACGCUGACGAGUUCUGCGGGCCUCUUUCUCAAGAACCCAACCAAGAUGACCGCGAUCUAGCUGGUACGGCGAAGAAAUCCAAUUGCAACAGGCGUCGUCCGGCGUUCAGUUCUCAAGAGACGCCUCCAGCUCCCGCCUUCACCGAGCCUCAGAUAGCUGAGGAUGGGCCACCUUCACCUAAGGAUAUUUCAAGGAGGGUGCAUGUGGCGGGUAGGGCGAUGCUACCGCCAAAUAUGCUCAAUGCUGCAACCGGUGCUAUACGGAGUCUGCACGACAUUGUUCUUUCUUUGGAGAAGAGGCGUCUCAGAGAGAAUGAUGUGGCAUACCCGGUUUUCGUGGCCAAGGUGCCAGAGGGCAAGGGCUUUGUGGAUGGCGACAUCGUGGGUACGAUCGUCCUGCAGUUUGAUGACAUCUUUGCUAUGCUUAACCUUCAUCCGCUGCACUACACCUUCGUUCGGCUGUUUUCGCUGAGUAUGGAGAUGCGGAUCAUUAGAGACAAGACCCCGGACAUCGUGAUAGUCGACCCCUUCUACAUGCGUGCCAAGCACUUGAGCAGCGCUAGGGACCACCAAGUUGCGAGUUCACACCUCGAAGGCGUCAUUCUGGCAAACCCAGAUAAGGAUAACUUCCGUGUGGCUUACUUUCCCGAUGACACACAUUGCACACUCAUCCUCUUAAGCCCGAAAUAUUCCAUGGCCACGUAUUUCGACCCGAACCGUAACUCCAAGAUAGACUACACAAAUGUCAAGAAAGUUCUUGAUGAUGUUCUCCCUGGCUACGCCAAAUCUGGAGGCACCUUCACCAGGGCAGUUCGUAAGUGCGCCAUUAGUAUG